GGCAAGAGCAAUGUUUAGUUUUUGAUAGACCCGUGAGCAGGGGCGGACUGACCAUUUGGAAACUCGGGCUCUACCUUAGGGCCCGGGGUCAGUAGUGGGCCCCAUGAGAUGCCCCUGGUACCUUUUUCAUAGGCUUUUUUGAGUUUGGGCAAGGACACAGGGGCCCCAUGAUCCCCUAUUGCCCGGGGCCCCAUGAGUUGUCAGUCCGCCCCUACCCUCCACCCCUGAUCCUGACUUUUAUACAUGACUUUAUUGUAGUGUCAAUUCCCUCUACGUCAGUCUAAU